AUGAACAGAGCGAUGGUGGCCAGGCUGGGGCUGCUGCUUCUGGCACUGCUCCUACCUACGCAGAUUUAUUCAAAUCAAACAACUGUCAUAACACUUCCAAGUAACUACUCCCAGAAUAUCUCAGCUGCCCCAAAUCCAGCUAAUGCCACCACCAAGGCCGCUGGCAGUGCCCUGCAGUCAACAGCCAGUCUCCUUGUGACCUCACUUUCUCUUCUAAAUCUCUGCUGUUAA